AUGGCCGGUGCAAAUUCGUCUGACGAAGAAUUGGCGAAUUUCGACAUUCACACGGGAAACUCUGAAGUUUCCGAUGAAAAUCAAGAGAGCAGUGAUAACAAUGCCUCAUCAUCAACUUGGGAGGAUACGCCAGGUGCCUGUCUAUCAGGAUUCAACACCGAUAUAGUAGACUCUAUCAAUAAUAUGGCAACAUGCAAAAAACAGUGUGAAGAAGAAACAUCAUUUUUAUGCAUGUCCGUUGAUUACAAGUCAUCCACCAGGAGGUGUUAUCUCUCAGUAGAGUUCUCGGGGACCCAGUCGAUAAGCAGCCCAUGCCCAUCUUCAGGUGUUGACUAUGCCGAGAGAUCCCUUACAGAACCUACUACACAUCCAACUACUGAGCCUACUACAAUCCCAACUACACAAACUGUUGUGACUACUGAGCCUUCUACACACCCAACUACACAAACUGUUGUGACUUCUGAGCCUACUACACACCCAACUACACAAACUGUUAUGACUACUGAGCCUACUACAAACCCAACUACACAAACUGUUAUGACUACUGAGCCUUCUACACACCCAACUACACAAACUGUUGUGACUACUGAGCCUUCUACACAUCCAACUACACAAACUGUUGUGACUUCUGAGCCUACUACACACCCAACUACACAAACUGUUGUGAGCACUGAGCCUACUACACACUCAACUACACAAAAUGUUGUGAGCACUGAGCCUACUAAACACUCAACUACACAGAAUAUGACUACUGAGCCUACUUCCCUACCAACUGCACCAGAUGAAGUUACUACUAAGUCUACAACACAUUCAACUACACAAGAUAAAGUGACUACCGACCAAACUACACAAGACGCUACGACACUACAGACAACUGCACCUAACGAUCGCGAAAUAUUUAUAAACGAAAUCAUAAAAGCAAAUCUCGAGUCUGAAGUGUAUAGACGUCCCAAGAAAAGAGAGCUUGAACCAGUAGAAGCAAAAUAUGCAGCGGCUGUUGGUGUACCUCCAUGCAUGGUCAUUAUUAUUGCCGUUGUCCUAUUAGUUCUAUCUGAUUUGCCCACAAUGUCUAGGGACAUUAAGAGAGGUUGUAGUUACAUCAAAAGUACCGUUCUGUUUUUUACUGGCAGUUCUCCGUAAGGACAAAUAUAAGUGAUCAUGGCUGACACACUUGAAAAAAUCUGGAAAGUACCCUGAUAGUCUCUGGCAAUGAGAUGUGUAACAAUAAAUGCAUGAACAUGACAUAAUUGUGCAGCUACUAAAAUUUUAAUUAAUUAGAUUUAUAAUCAAUUUGUAAUGAUUUAACUUUAUUCAACCUUGACCUCAAAUUACCGUCGAAUUUAGGAACUCUUCUGUCCUAAAUGCUCUCUCCCAUUGGAAAAAAAGCUACCGAAGCAUAUUCGAGAAAGUAAAACUGUUGUAAAGUUUAAUAACAUACAGAAAAUAAAAUCCCCAAACCAUUCAAAUACAAGUUGAAG